AUGAGUCUGUCUCCUCCCCUCUGGUUGGUUCUCCUCUCCUCUGGUUGGUUCUCCUCUCCUCUGGUUGGUUCUCCUCUCCUGGUUGGCUCUCCUCGCCUCUGGUUGGUUCUCCUCUCCUCUGGUUGGUUCUCCUCUCCUCUGGUUGGUUCUCCUCUCCUCUGGUUGGUUCUCCUCUCCUGGUUGGCUCUCCUCGCCUCUGGGAGAAGGAGCUCAGGGAGAUGUUCGUCUGCAGAAGUUGAGAGCAGAGUCGAUCCAGAGGUGCUAACUUCACACGGUCUCUGCUCUGGUUGUAGGAGUUUCUCGGUGCUGGAGUGA